UUCUGCCUCGGUGAAAAAGUGACAGACUCGACAGACAAAACUUGCUUAAGAAGAUCUGUGCGCGUGAGCCACAUCAGCCAGUCUCGUGCAGCCGCAGCUAGAGCUGGGCACACCGCCGAGACUGUCGCCCUCACAGCUGCGGAGGAUUCUAAACAAAGGAUGGUGACAGUUGUAACACAGCAGCCGUGGGGUGAGGUCCCGGGGCAGGGGACUGUGCACCUGUGGCGUGUGGAAUCCCCUCAAGUGAAGGUGGAGAUACUGACUCUGGGGGCUACACUCAGGUCUGUGCUGUGCAGAGGGAGAGACCAGGAGUGGGCUGAUGUGGUGCUGGGAUACCCUGACCUUCAGGGAUAUCUGUCAGACAAGCGUUACGUGGGAGCUGUGGUCGGCCGUGUAGCCAACAGAAUCGCUAAAGGAUGCUUUGUACUCGAUGGCAAAGAAUAUCAAUUGGACAUCAACAAUGGACCAAAUGCACUUCAUGGAGGGCUUGUGGGGUUCAACAAGGCUGUAUGGAAGGCUUUACCUGUGGAAGGAGGAGUGCAGCUGAGCCACACCAGCCCUGAUGGAGACCAGGGCUAUCCUGGAGAGGUGGAGGUCACACUCACAUACCUGCUACAGGGAGAAACACUGAGUGCUGAGUAUGAAGCAAAGUCGACAAAAAACACUCCAGUCAACCUCACCAACCACUCUUACUUUAACCUGGCCGGACAGAAUGCUGAUAAUGUCUACGACCAUGAAGUGUCCAUCAGUGCAGAGUGCUACCUGCCAAUGGAUAACACCUCCAUCCCCACAGGGGAGAUCAGAGCAGUGGAAGGUACUCCCUUUGACCUCAGAAGGCCAGUUUUUCUUGGUCCAAGGCUGAAGAUGGUUCCAGAACCUGGGUUUGACCAUAACUUCUGCUUGUGUUCACGUGAUGAGCCCUGGGCAGAGAGGCCAGCUGCCAGGGUGUGUCACCCGCCUAGUGGCCGAGUCUUGGAGGUGUCCACCAGCCAACCAGGUGUGCAGUUUUACACUGCUAACUAUCUAGAUGGUUCUAUAACUGGGAAGGAUGGGGUCACGUAUGGCAAACACUGCUCCUUCUGUCUGGAGACACAAAACUGGCCUGAUGCUAUCAACCAGACCUCAUUUCCUAACUGCGUGCUCCAUCCUGGUGAACUGUACCGCCAUGUGACUCGCUACACAUUCACUACCUGCUGACAUCUACAUCCCAGACAAUACUAGUGGCAUAAAACAUUACUUACUAAUACUGUACUAAUACUCUUCAGUGUACCAAAUAAAAUAUCUGUGAAUCUUGCUGA